GUUAUUAUCCACACUCCCCAAAUUUCCUCAAUCCACACACACACGCACACAUAUACAUACAAAAACUACAUAUAUAUAUAUAAAUUAAACAAACACACAGAGACAGACAUUGAUUGUGUUACGUUAUAAUAAUUCUAUGGUGGCAUGGCGUCAUCAUCAUGUCACCUGGUGAUUGUCGACAUGAAUCAUCCAACAUCAUUUCUACACAGGCCAUUUCCCACCCCCAAACCCCAUCUGUCCGAGCUUCACAGAUUCAGUACUUUAUUAACAAAAUGGAGAUUUCCUGAACGACGUCGUAUCAGUGUGGUGGUUGCUGCCGGUGCUGAGCUUUCUAAUCCUUUUUCAGUCAACAUUGGCUUGGAUUCUCAGACAUACCAGUCCCACAAUUUAACACAGUUACCAUGGGUCGGUCCGCUUCCUGGAGAUAUAGCUGAAGUUGAAGCAUAUUGUAGAAUAUUUAGAGCUGCUGAAAGUCUUCACAAUUCGAUAAUGGACACUUUAUGUAACCCACUUACGGGUGAAUGUAGUGUUUCUUAUGCUUUCCCUUCAGAGGACAAGCCGUUACUCGAAGAUAAGAUAGUAUCUGUUCUUGGUUGCAUGAUAUGUUUACUAAAUAAAGGAAGAGAGGAUCUUCUUUCUGGCAGAUCAACCAUCAUGAAAUCAUUCAGUGUCUCGGAUGUAGAUAUGAUGGAAGAUAAGCUUCCACCACUUGCCCUUUUCAGGCGUGAAAUGAAAAGAUAUUGUGAAAGUUUGCACAUUGCUCUUGAAAUAUUUUUGACAUCAGAUGAUACUCGAAGCUUGGAUGUUUGGAGAAAACUUCAAAGGCUGAAAAAUGUGUGCUACGAUUCGGGUCUUCCUCGUGGGGACAAUUAUCCACCUCAAUCACUAUUUGCUAAUUGGAAUCCUGUUUAUUUAUCCACCUCAAAAGAAGAUAUUGGACCUACUGAUUCUGAAGUUGCCUUUUGGAGGGGUAGCCAAUUGACAGAGGAAAGUUUAAAGUGGUUAAUUGAAAAAGACUUCAAAACUAUUGUUGAUCUUAGAGCGGAAAUUGUGAAUGAUGUUUUCUAUGAAGCUGCAUUGAAAGAUGCAGUUUCAUCUGGGAAAGUUGAACUGAUCAAACUUCCAGUUGAAAUAGGGACCGCACCAUCGAUGUCUCAGGUUGAGACGUUUUCAACUGUCAUUUCGAACUCAAUGAAAAAGCCGAUAUAUGUCCAUAGUAAAGAAGGCGUUUGGAGAACAUCUGCUAUGGUUUCUAGAUGGAGACAAUAUAUGGCUCGGUACAGUUCACCCAGUAAUAUUCAAACUCGGGAUAAGAUGUCAGAAGUGCAAUCAAACCUUUCAUCUAACUCAAAGGUAGACAUUUCUGUUGAAGAAAAUAACGUGGAGUCUUCAACCUCAGCUAACGAGUAUACAAGCAGUAACGGAGCGGUGAAUGAAAUUGAUGAACAUCAAAACGGUGUUUGGUUUGAUCAUCGUAUAAAUCCUAUUGAAUCACAAUUACCACCUUCCAAUAUUUUCUCUAGAAAAGAAAUGUCCAUGUUUUAUAAAAAUAAAACUCGAUCCCCUAUGACUUAUUUUAUCUUUGAGCGUAAGAGAUUGGAGAAGCAAGCCAAAUCAAGAAAGAAACAGAGUUAUAAUGGGUCAUUCGUUGAUAUCGAAAGGUCAAAUGGGCCAGCUACCAAUGGAAACUUAUCUACUUAUAAUGGAAACAAUGUUAAUAAUUCUCUCCCAUCUCGUUCCAGUUUGAAAGAUUUCAAUGAUGCAGAUAGGCAUGCAACAAGUGUCACUUUAGCAGAUAAUUUAGAAGGUGAUGGUCGAUCUUCUGUGGUUUUUUCAGAGAAAUUAAGCAGUGGGAAAAUGGCUGGGUAUUCUAGCAAUGAGGAUGAAGAACUGGUUGAGGGAAAUAUGUGUGCUUCUACAACGGGUGUUGUAAGAAUUCAAUCAAGAAAAAAGGCAGAAAUGUUUUUAGUGCGUACAGAUGGGUUCUCUUGCACUAGAGAAAAAGUUACAGAAUCUUCAUUGGCGUUCACUCAUCCUAGCACCCAACAGCAGAUGCUUAUGUGGAAAUCAUCACCUAAAACUGUGUUACUUUUAAAGAAGCUCGGUGAAGAACUAAUGGAACAAGCUAAAGAGGCUGCCUCUUUCUUAUAUCACCAAGAAAACAUGACGGUUCUUGUGGAACCUGAGGUUCAUGAUAUUUUUGCAAGAAUACCAGGAUUUGGGUUUGUACAGACCUUCUACAGUCAAGAUACGAGUGAUCUUCAUGAAAGAGUAGAUCUAAUUGCCUGUUUAGGAGGAGACGGGGUUAUUCUGCAUGCAUCAAACUUGUUUAGAGGUGCUGUUCCCCCUGUCGUUUCAUUCAAUCUCGGGUCUCUUGGUUUUCUCACAUCACAUGCUUUUGAAGACUAUAAGCAGGAUCUGAAACGAGUCAUCCAUGGAAACAAUACACUGGAAGGUGUUUACAUAACUCUUCGGAUGCGUCUCCGAUGUGAGAUAUUCAGAAAUGGGAAAGCAAUGCCGGGCAAAAUUUUUGAUGUUCUAAAUGAGGUUGUGGUCGAUCGGGGUUCUAACCCAUAUCUUUCCAAAAUCGAGUGCUAUGAACAUGACCGUCUUAUUACUAAGGUGCAAGGUGAUGGAGUCAUAGUAGCAACACCUACGGGGAGUACAGCUUACUCUACAGCCGCAGGAGGUUCCAUGGUGCAUCCAAAUGUUCCUUGCAUGCUUUUUACACCGAUUUGUCCACAUUCCCUCUCUUUCAGGCCUGUUAUACUUCCUGAUUCGGCACGCCUUGAAUUAAAGAUACCAGAAGAUGCACGAAGUAAUGCUUGGGUAUCGUUUGAUGGAAAGAGAAGGCAACAGCUUUCUAGAGGAGACUCGGUGCGUAUAUGCAUGAGCCAGCAUCCACUUCCAACGGUCAAUAAGUUUGACCAAACAGGAGACUGGUUUCGCAGCUUAAUUCGUUGUCUCAAUUGGAACGAGAGGCUAGAUCAGAAGGCUCUCUGAUUCCUUUUUUAAAUCUUUUUACCAAGUUUCUUGUAAAUUACUGUACAUACACAGGUCACUCAACACAAAAUAUAGAUGGAGGCUAGAAUUUAUAAGGUACUAUAAGAUACAAGUAAUUAUAAUCAUUGUUAUGGGAAAGUGGGUUACCGUAUUCAAGUCGUCUUAUGAAAGAGUUCAUAAAACAA